UGGAGAGGCAACUCUGCCUGGCAGCGUACUAGGCGUUCCGACAUCUUGGAAUGGUGGCAGUUAUUUUUCUAGGUUUGGCGAACUGAGAAGCAAGAGCUGAGAGGCAGAGGCACCCCAGAGGGAGAAAAGAACGGCUGCACUUCUGUGUAGACAUCAGAAGAUUUCACAGAAUCAAAAUCUUAAACUAGAAGGGAACCUUAGACAGCAUCUGGUCUGCAGAUGAGGAAGGAGAUCACAAUGACAGAAAAGGAACCAGAAACACACCUGGAGCAGGAGGAGGAUGAAUUGGAUGGGAAGCUUAAUUACAAGCCCCCACCUCAGAAGUCCCUAAAGGAGCUGCAGGAGAUGGACAAAGAUGAUGAGAGCCUUGCCAAGUACAAGAAAACCUUACUAGGAGAUGGGCCUGUGGUAGAAGACCCAACUGCUCCCAAUGUAAUUGUCACUCGCCUCACCCUGGUCUGUAACACUGCCCCAGGACCAAUCACUAUGGACCUUACAGGGGAUCUUGAAGCUCUCAAAAAAGAGAACUUUGUGUUAAAGGAAGGAACUGAAUAUCGAGUCAAAAUUAAUUUCAAAGUGAACAAGGAUAUCGUGUCAGGGCUGAAAUAUGUGCAGCAUACCUACAGGACUGGGGCUAAAGUGGACAAAGCUAUGUUCAUGGUUGGCAGCUAUGGGCCUCGGGCAGAUGAGUAUGAGUUCUUGACACCAAUUGAGGAGGCCCCCAAGGGGUUGCUGGCUCGAGGCACUUACCACAACAAGUCCUUCUUUACUGAUGAUGACAAGCAUAACCACCUCACCUGGGAGUGGAAUCUGUCCAUUAAAAAAGAGUGGACAGAAUGAGCUCUUUACUCUACAUUCCCUUCCCAUCUCCCUUGCCUGUCAUCCUGCUGGUAAAUUAAUGUGUUCUAGAACCCCAUAGUUAUUUCCCCUUUCCUAUGUGUACCUCCCUACUCCCCCAGGGUCUCUAAAGCUCUCCAACUCUUCUUGUUUUUACAUGGCACCAUGGUAUAUAUAUGGUACAAUUUUAGAGGUAGCCUGUGGCUUCCUUUCCUGCUCUGCCGAAAACAACACAUUCAGUUUCACCACAGAGGCACAAAAGUUAAAAACCAAAUUCCUUUUCUAACUCUUUCCUCCUCAGAAUCAGAUCUUUGGAAAGUCCUUACUUGACCAACACGAACAUUUCCUUUAGGUGUCAUUUGCUUGUCUCAGGAGCUAGCAAACUUAGAGCGAAAGAGAAAGCCAGGCACAGAAAGAGGAAUCUCCCACUAAUGGUUCACUCUCCAGAUAUUCAUAAUACAUUGUCACUGAAGUAUCCUAUUAUGGUUGCUGCUGUCCUGAUGAAGGGCCCUCAUCUGCCUUAAUUUGCCUUUGUGAAUAAAGCCAACUUUGGGAGGUCUUCUAUUUGUGAGCAAAAGUGCAAACAAUUCCAUGCUUUAUGAAUAAAACCAUUGCUAUCCAUCA